GUCCACAACCACUAUAAUAAAAAUGUCUUCGAUUGCUUCUUUCACAGCUCGUCGGGCUUUCGCUGCCCGUCCAGCUCUUAUUUCUCGCACCCCCGUCCGCCGAUUCGCCAGUUCCGCGAAAGAGGAAGCUAACCUCGACAAAGCUGGCAAGCGUGACCCCGAGCUUUACGUUCUUCUCGGUGUCAUGUCCGGUGCUUUCAUGCUCGCUGGAUGGUUCUUCGGUCGCAAGCCCACCUCAGUAACCUCCGAGAGCAACGUCCGCAUCGGCGAAUCCGCCAUGCCCUGGGAGGGUGAGAGCGAUGGCAAGGUAUUCAAAUACCAGUACCACCCUCACGGCGACAAGAGCCAGCCUCUCCGCAACGCUCCUAGUGCCCUUAACACCGUCAUUGUCCCCAACGUGACUUUGCCCGCGGAUCUCCACGAGAAAUUCAACAAGUACGGCAAGGAGGAAUAUGACUACUAAAUCUCUCUCCUUUUUUUGUGAUUGCGGAAACUGGACAAUGAUUUCAUCAUCGACCGGAUUCAUGUUCCGAUUGAUUCCAUCCUCUCUCUUAUAGAAUCCCCCGAGUUUUACGAUAAAGGAGUCAUUAUACCUUGCUUGUACUCUAGAAGACAACGAUGACCCUCUCAAGAAAUCAGUCAUCUUCCACUAGAUAGAAAAAGAGAAAAAAACAGCAUCACCCAGACAGAGACUUAUUUGUUUGUUCUUUGUAUAGCUUUGAGCAAUCUGUGUCUUCGAAUUUGAAUAUUAUUUCUUUUGUCCGCUGCAC